AUGGGAAUCAAAAAGAUGUUUAUGAAAAAAGAUCCAACCGAGGAAGAGAUACGAGAAGAUCUCAACCGGGUUGGUAUCUCGACAAAGUCCGGUAAAGUUCGAGAGGAAAAGUUUGGAGCGUUCAAGAACUACGCCCAGGAGAGGGCCCAAAUGAAAGGUGGCUUGAAGCCUGUUAAUCCAUAUGCAAAUGCGCAGGAUAACGACCCAAAACGCAACCCAUAUGCCAGUGGUGAUCUUUCAAACAGCUCGGCGACGUUGACAAACACAAACGGCUCGAACCCUUCUCUGAAUCCAUCAAAUCCCGCAACUUCAGUCUCAAGUGCCGGCGGCGGCGGCAGCAGCCCCUAUGGGCAGCGCCAGCAGCCACGCAGUUCGCUGUAUGAUGUGAACCCUAGGCCACGACAAGCAGUUCCAACUCCAUCGCCAUCGCCAAUGAUGUCUUCGCUGCAGUCCAGCCCAUAUGGCCAGUCGCGAUCUAAAAGUUCCGUUGAUGCAUACAGCCAGCUGAGGGCAGCCCCGGGGCAAAGGUCACUGUCGAGUGAAGGUCUUGCUUCAGCAAGUCGCGUGUCUACCAGGCAAACCACCAGCGGGGAUACCGACUCGUCGCUCGAUUUAAAUGCCAUAAAUUCCCACCAGAUGUUCCGCAACACCAAGCCCAUCAAGAAGCAAACGUUUGAUGACGAGUUGGAUUUGAACGAAGAGUAUGAAGAGCAAGACGCAGAGUUGGACUUGAAUUUGGAUAUCCCUGAAGAGCAGCAGGAAGUCAACUCCGAAGACGAAGAAGUCGAUGCGAUAAAACAGGAUAUUCGAUUUGUCAAGCAAGAGUCUGUCCAGUCAACACGAAACACACUCAGGAUGGCCCAGGAGGCGGAUGCCUCCGGUACAAACACGUUGGGAAUGUUGGGAUCGCAAUCGGAAAGGUUGUUCAAUGCCGAGCAGAAUUUGCUCCUUGCCGACACCCAAACGCAGAUUGCAGAUGAGAAGGUGAAGGAGUUGAAAAGGUUGAACCGUUCGAUUUUUGUGCCUGCACAGGGCAAUCCAUUCAACAAAAAAUCCAGAUUGCGUCAACAGGAGGAAACGAUCAAGAACCGUAAAUUGCAGGAGAAGCUUAUGAGGGAAAAUAACCGCCAAGGAAUGUACGAAAGUGAGCAACGAUUGAAGCAAGGGAUCACCAAUAACGCCACCAAUAAUGAUGUUCAUCAAAAGUACCAAAAUGAAAAAUACUUGAGCCAAGCUUCGAGGUACCAAUUUGAGAAUGAUUCGGAAGACGACGAGAUGGAGAAGGAGUUGGCAUCGAAUUUGGACCAAAUUGGCGUUUACGCAAAGAAGUUGCAUGGUAUUGCUAAUACCAUGGGUAAGGAAGUUGACAGUCAAAAUGUACGGUUGAGGAAGAUCGAAGAAGAUGCAGAUAAAUUGGAUAUCAAUGUUCACAUGAACAGUACAAGGUUGAGCAAUAUCCGUUAG